AUGGCAUCCCAAGAUUUAUGCUAUGAUCAGGAUAGAAUCAUACACAACAAUAAUCACUUACAAGAACCAAAUCAGGAAAUUACGGAAAUGAAAUCCAAACACGUAUCAUUCAAACCAUCGAGAGACUUCCAUACAAACGACUAUUCAAAUAAUUAUGUCCACAGAAAUUCAUUACCGCAACAGCACGUUACGAAUAUUGAGAAUAGAGUUGAUGGCUAUCCGAAAUUACAGAAACUAUUCCAGGCAAAAGCCAAACAAAUCAAUCAAUUUGCCACUACACCAUUUGGAUGUAAGGUCGCAAUAGACUCCAUUGUACCAACAUUAAACCACUGGAUACAGAAUGAAAAUUUGACAUUUGAUGUAGUGAUGAUUGGUUGCUUAACAGAAAAUCAGUUUAUUUAUCCGAUUUUGACCCAAUUGCCGUUGGAUAAAUUGAUCUCGAAACCAGGUUUCCUCUUCAUCUGGGCCAAUUCUCAGAAAAUCAAUGAACUUACUAAGCUCUUGAAUAACGAAAUAUGGGCUAAGAAGUUUAGGAGAAGUGAAGAGUUGGUCUUUGUCCCUAUAGACAAGAAAUCGCCAUUUUAUCCAGGUUUAGAUCAAGACGAUGAAACGUUGAUGGAAAAAAUGCAAUGGCAUUGCUGGAUGUGUAUCACGGGAACAGUAAGACGGUCAACGGAUGGACAUUUAAUUCACUGCAAUGUGGAUACCGAUCUGAGUAUCGAAACGAAGGACACCACCAAUGGCGCCGUGCCAUCACACCUGUAUCGUAUUGCAGAGAAUUUCUCCACCGCCACUAGACGUCUGCAUAUCAUCCCUGCAAGAACCGGAUACGAAACUCCUGUAAGGGUAAGGCCAGGUUGGGUCAUAGUGAGUCCAGACGUGAUGCUGGAUAAUUUCUCACCCAAGAGAUAUAAAGAAGAAAUCGCUAAUCUAGGCUCCAACAUUCCCUUGAAAAAUGAAAUCGAGUUGUUAAGACCAAGAAGUCCAGUGCAAAAAGCACAAUAA